ACCACUUCCACAACAACAAGAAGCUGAAAAACAAGGAAGUGAAUGAUUGUGAAGCCGUAACCUGUUCUAAGGCCGUGACAAGAUACGCAGAGCUCCGCUUAUUCUGAAAUAUCCUCUGUCUCCAGAUCAUCCAGAAAAAUGAACAACAAAGGUUCAUAUCCACAGCAGGCUGUGUACCCUCAGCAGAGCACUGCACCUGUAUACCCUCCUGCUAUGCAAAUGUCUCCUCAGGCACCUCCUUACACAGACACACCACCUGCAUAUUCUGAGAUAUACCAGCCCAGAUAUGUGCUUCCACCUCAGGUGCCUGGUCAGUUGCCUCAGAUGUCCUCUCACUACCCUGGUGCUCAGGUGUACAUGCCCAUGCAGCCACAUAUGCCUGUUGGGCCAGUGGGCCAGAAUGUCCCUAUGGCUUACUAUCCCAUGGGAGCAGUGUACCCACCGGGUUCAACAGUGAUGGUGGACGGGGGCUUUGAUGCUGGUGCUCGCUUCACAGGUGGCACUAGUGUCUCCAUCCCACCCCCACCUCCUGGACACCCACCUAACGCAGCUCAGCUGGCUGCCAUGCAGAGUGCCAAUGUUCUAAUGACACAGCGCAAGAACAACUUCUUCCUGGGUGGAUCCAGCGGAGGUUAUACAAUCUGGUAACAGCAAGUCUUCGACUCGUCCCUCAUGCCUCAACCGUGCCCCCAUCCCAAACGAAAAAUCCCAGUUCCUCCCCCUUCUUCCCAUAAGCCUCCCCCUCUUCAGGCUGCUUGGCCAUGCCACAAUACUGAUUUCACCUAACGGAAUGUAAUAUUUUAGCGCCCCUGUGAAAGGUACAGUACUCCACUUCUUACCUUGAGAUCUUAUGAUGAAUGACUCUGCUCGGAGAGGGCAAAUGCUAAUUUGAAAAUGUGAAAUAAUGCCAAAUUACUUAAGUGGGUCUAACCUCGUUGGUCAUUCCAGAUUGAACCUCCUCCAGGCAUCUGUGUUUUUCCAAAGACCUGGUCUCCUUUGAUUGAAUGGAUCACAAAUCACACUGAGAUGUCCUUGUAUACCUGUAAAGCUACUUCAAUGAAAUGUUGAAAUAUCAGACCUGCAUUCUGUAGUUUAGCUGCUUUAUAGUGAAAGUGAAAUGCAGUUACAAAGUUGCAGUGAAAGCGCUGAAAAAAUAAACAUUCACUUGUCUUUUCUUUAGUGUAGUUAAAUUAAUAGAUGUGUAUUAGUUUCCUGUAAAUACAAGUAUGAGAAAGAACAUCUCAGCUAUACAAAAAAAAAAAAAAAAAAAAAAAGAAAAAGCAUCCUGGAUGCGUCUAGCUAGAGCUGUCUUGUCCUUUGCACAGAAUCUAAAAGACCACUGCAAAUUUCUUGCACAGUGAUGUGUUAUAUCGGACAAAUCAUGACAUUGAAAUCAGCUGUAAAUGAAAUAAAUUAAAGCAAAUAAUAAAAACAAAGAGUUCACGCAAUAUCCAAAGUGGUUUACUGUACCUUGUUGGGCAACUUGUAGAUGAACAUAGUCAAGUGCCAAAGAGCACUGGGGAUAGCCCUAAAUAAAGCAAAUUAACUUCAGUAAACUUAAAGGAAAGAAAUUUAAAGUAAAUCCAAAAAGUAAGAUGAGCGGGAAGGGGUGGUUGGUGUAACAUUUUAGCUUUUUUUUUUCCAUUUCUUUUUUCUAUUUCACAGUCGGAUACCCAGAGUUUAUACACUAAAUGUUUUAUUGUUCUAUUUUCAUGGACUACCUUCAUUUGUUUGACUUUUUCACACCAUCUGUUAAAGUAUUUAUUCACUGUAGGAAAUCUUUGUGAUCGCAUUAACAUUCUCUUACUUUAUGGAAUAUUUCCUUUUUAUAUUUUCCUUUCUCCACAUUGAAGUGAUCUACAUGAGUAGUUAGGUUUAGUAUAACCAAUGAGCGGUUGUACCAAAGAUUUGGUCUUCAAUGCACUUAAGUUCAGCGUGACUUUAAAUUUAAAAAAGUCACGAUUUAAAAGCAGACAUAUCAUUAAAUCAGCAGUUAUGAGAGUGUUGGUAUCCAAACCUUCAGUCCAGCAUGACUGCAGAUGUUAGUAAAUGUGUUGUCGUCACUUUAUGUGGGUUGUUUGCAUCUUUAAGUAGUUGUAUACUUUUGCACCUUUUUACAAAUUUGAUUGAAUACUUUUUAUCUGAGAUGCACUGCUAAAGCAAAUGUGAGUGGUUGCACACAAGGGGCUACUCUUUUAUUUUUGUUUUGUAGCUCUGUUUUCAUGACUUUUUAAAGAAAGCUGUGAGAUUUUUGAACAUUUUUACACUCUUAAAUUCAUCAAGUCUUGUCCACUUGAAAGUCAAGAUGUGACGUGCUCCGUAGCCUGAAAGUGUAUGCAAACGUUUGCAGCGAGGCUAAUAUCACUGUCAGCAUAAUUGUUGAUUUUAAGGCAAAAAAACUCUUUUGAAUCACUACUUUAUACGUGAUCGUGCAAACUUAAAGACGGUAUCUGAGUCUUGAUAAGAUACCGUUGACAUACAUUUGUGGAUAUUCUUCAUAUUGGUGUCUGGUAGCGUUGAUGUUUCACUGGGUAUCCGACACGCCAUAUCAAAAGUUUUAACAGCUGUGGCCACCUGAAAAUAAACGGAGUGAUUCUGUUAUUUUAAAGACCAGCUGUGUGCUCUUCAUUCGUGUAGUUAACCCCGAAACAUGACUGACACGUUGCUCAAAAAUGGCUCAAUGUUCAUUUAAUAUCUCUUUUUUUUUUCAUUUUAUACCAAUGAAGAGGGCCACAGCUAUCAAAGCUUCUAAAAUCUGAUUCAGACAUGUUUUUUCUUUAUUUCCAUCUCUGCUCUGAUUAUUUGUAAAGCAGCAUAAUGGUGGCUUUGUCCCAGCAAUAUGAAGUACUGUAUAACUACAGCUGACCAGUAGAUGCUAUGCCAACCACAGCCAGCAAAUGGAUCUCUCUCUUUGUCGAAGGAUAAUGGACAUUUAUAGUUCAGGGAUUCUCUUUACAAUAUUUUGUAAAACAUAGAUGUAUGUACUAAAGUGAUGUGACGGACUUUGGUACACGUUCUAUCUUUUAAGAUUACUAAAGGAGAUGAGUGUCAAAGAUGGAAUACUUUGAAAAAAAGAACUUAGGUGCACUUAACUUUUUUAUACUAAACUUAAAAUUUAAAAUGUAAGUUUAGAAUAAAGGUUAUUUUGGAAAUUUGAAA